UAUGUGUCAGAAAACAUACUGUGAAUAAAUGUAAUUUUCAAUUUUUGAGUUGAAGGAAAUGUCUGUAAAUAGUGCAGAUGAUUUACUGUCAAUCUACAGAAUUUUCUGUUUUACCAGUUUUGGAAAAGUCUGUGAACUUCCAUAAAAAACAGAAAAUCUCCUGGCAAAAAACUACCAGGACAUUUUCUUUCUUUUUUUUUAAUUGAAUUUAUUUUUACAGUUUAUAGUGCUCACUCAUUCCUAGGUUAAACUCUUUUCCCAAUCUGGUGAUUUGAGGAGAAAGAGAUGAUGCAAUUGCUCCAGCAAUUUUUAGUGUGGCCUGGGAUAGGUUGGUUGCUCUUGAAUCUUGUUUUUCACGCUCAGAGUAGGGCAGAGUUGGACAUUUGGAUUAUUUUAAGUUAUACUAAAUUUGAGUUCAGAACUUGGAGUACAUGGAGAUACUGUAGAACACAUGUAGAGCAAACUGGUUGAGUGGCUGAUAUGCAAGCUCUGAUCCAUAAAAAGCUGAUGCUUUGAUACUUUUUUCUUCCACAACCAAAGGUUAAAAACUUACAUUUAGAACCAGGUAUUGUGUAUACUGUGGUAAUUAUUAGCAUUAAUCAUUAAUUACCACACACUAAGAAGCUAUUUUGAAUCAAUAUGUAUGACACAUACAUCCAGAUGACUGGGAGCUCUCGUCGGUGCAGCCAUCUUACGGCGCAACCGGAAGUAUGGGUCAUUGCAAUGUUGACCCUGUGCUAACUUGCAUAUGACAAAUGAAACUGAAACUGAAACUGAAACUGAACAAAGAAGCUAUAACGGACUAGUGUGGACAAGUGAGGAGGGAAUUCACAGAAGUCACAUGACCCAAAUAAAACUGAAAGCAUGCUUAUAUAAAACAAAGUCAUACUCAGCCUACAUCAGUGGAGGCAACACCAGAGAACCACUAUCUUUCCAUCACAAUUGGAUACUCAGGUAGUCAGUGCAAAAAAACAUGAACUUCAUUAGGAAAUUUGUAAAAUCUAUUUGGGGUACUCCCCCUCCCCCUCCGCCUUUAUCUCCUCUUUUACAGAAAGAAGAAAGAAACAUACCAUGGACUGAAAGAGAACGAGACCUGCAGCUUGUCAGAGAUUACAAGCCUCACAAAGAUGUUCAGCAUCUCAGAAUUAUGCUUCAUGGACCACCAGGUGCUGGAAAGUCCAGCUUCAUCAACUCUGUCGACAGUGUUUUAAGAGGCAAAAUCGCAACUCGAGCUUUGGCAGACGCAACCUCUGGUGACAGUUUCACCAUUGCAUACAGGACAUAUAAAAUUCAGAAAGGAGUGCCAGAAACUUUUUACCCUUUUGUCUUCAAUGACACUAUGGGCCUUCAGUCGAGUGACAAAGGAAUUCAUGUGGAAGACAUCAAACUUGCCAUCAGUGGACAUGUAAACGAAGAUUACAGGUUCAAUCCCACAUCUCCGUUGCCUGAAACAAAUUCCAGCUACAACAGUUUUCCCACUUUAGAUGACAAAGUCCACAUUCUGGUUUUAGUCAUUCCUGCUGACACAGUGAGCAUGAUGAAUGAUGAAACUGUCAGGAAGAUGAAAGAUGUCAGAUCAGCAGCUCGUGACAAAGGGAUCCCACAAAUAGCCAUCAUGACUAAAAUUGAUGAAGCCUGUCCUGAAGUCAAAAAAGACAUAAAGAACGUCUACAGGAGCAAGUACUUGAAUACGCAGAUGCAAACAGCAAGCAUGAACCUGGGUAUUCCACUGAACUGCAUCUUCCUCGUGAAGAACUACCACACAGAGAUUGAGACGGAUAAUGAUGUGGAUUCACUGAUACUGAGUGUACUGAAAAAGAUCAUUGACUAUGGAGAGGACUACCUGAAUGACCAGAAUGAUCCUGACCUGUAAUCAAUGUGUGAGGGAGCUAGAAAAUGAAAAUUUUAUACAAAAAAGUCACACAAAAAGUUAAUUUCAUAAGAAAUCUAAGCCGACUGAAUUUUUGUCUUGUUCUUAUUUUCUUUAACUUUGUUUCUUUUGCAAAUUAAAUCCAAAUAACCUUCACAGAAAAUCAAUACAUCUACUUUUUGUUAUUUACUGUAUAAUCAAAAUGUUAACUGCAGGAAGAAUGACAGAUAUAUGCAUGUAACCUGUUGUCUGCUUUGUAACUCAAAUAAAUCAUUGUAAGACUGUC